AUGGACGAUAUUGGCAGUUCCAACACACCCAACAACAAGUGGAAAAUGCCUCUCUUCGUUUUCUUCAAAGAUGCAAGACUUGUUUUCAAGUUGGAUGCGCUUUCUAGGGAGAUAUUAGGGAUUGCAUUACCCUCUGCACUUGCGGUUGCUGCUGAUCCUAUUGCUUCUCUCAUAGACACUGCAUUUAUAGGCCACUUGGGACCGGUUGAACUUGCAGCUGCUGGAGUUUCCAUUGCUUUGUUCAACCAAGCUUCAAGGAUUUUCAUAUUCCCUCUUGUCAGUAUUACAACUUCUUUUGUCGCUGAGGAAGAUACUAUUCAAAGGUUGAAUACCGAAGCAGUGGAAAACAAUUUGACCGAAAAAUGUAAGGCUAAGUUAAGCGAAGUAAUGCAUGAGGAUUAUAUGCAUCAAGACAUUGAAAAAGGUACACCCAAAGAGAUUAUGGAAGUUCCAAAAGAAUCUAUGGCUGGAAGUGAUACAAACGAUCUCGUAGUGAAAAGUUAUGUACCUGAGGAUGUGGAAAAAUGUGCUUCUGGGAACAAUGAUACAAAUAAUGGAGAUGGUAUUUUCUCUCUUAUGCUUAUCUCUUCUUCGUCAGUUACUAGUGGUACUAAGCUCAAGGACAAAGUUGGAAAUAAGAAGCGACACAUUGCUUCAGCAACAACCGCACUAAUUUUUGGCACAAUUCUUGGCCUCCUUCAAGCUGCAAUCCUUAUAUUUGGAGCCAAACCUUUAUUAGCUGCAAUGGGUGUGAAACAUGAUUCUCCUAUGCUACAACCAGCAGAGAAGUACUUAAGAUUGAGAUCAUUUGGUGCUCCAGCAGUUCUUCUCUCCUUGGCCAUGCAAGGAAUCUUUCGAGGAUUCAAGGACACAACAACUCCUUUAUAUGUCAUCGUUACGGGAUAUGCAUUUAAUGUCGCAUUGGACCCAAUACUUAUUUUUAAAUUGAAAUUGGGCCUCAGAGGUGCAGCCUUUUCACAUGUUCUCUCCCAGUACAUGAUGGCAUUCACCCUAAUGUUGAUAUUAAUGAAAAAAGUGCAUCUGCUACCUCCAAGCAUAAAAGAUUUGCAGAUUUUCCGGUUUCUUAAAAAUGGAGGUCUGUUGCUGGCAAGGGUAGUAGCAGUGACAUUCUGUAUGACCUUCGCAGCAUCAUUGGCAGCAAGGCUUGGUUCUAUUCCUAUGGCUGCAUUUCAACCCUUGCUACAGAUUUGGUUAGCAUCGUCCCUUCUUGCUGAUGGUUUGGCUGUUGCUGUCCAGGCUAUUCUAGCUUGUUCCUUCACUGAGAAAGACUAUAACAAGACAACAGCUGCUGCAACAAGGACAUUGCAGAUGAGUUUUGUUUUAGGAGUGGGACUCUCUCUUGCUGUUGGAGUUGGAUUGUACUUUGGAGCUGGAAUAUUCUCCAAAAACAUUGAUGUUCUGCAUUUGAUCCAAAUAGGUGUCCCGUUUGUUGCUGCUACUCAACCACUCAAUUCAUUAGCCUUCGUCUUUGAUGGUGUGAACUAUGGUGCUUCUGAUUUUGCAUAUUCUGCAUACUCCUUGGUUAUGGUGUCAAUAGUAAGUAUUGCUACAGAAUACUUUCUCUACAAGAAAAAACAAUUCAUUGGGAUCUGGAUUGCAUUAUCCAUCUACAUGGUUCUUCGCAUGUUGGCUGGUGUGUGGAGGAUGGGAACAGGAACAGGACCUUGGCGUUAUCUCAGAGGUCACACAAUGCCAUAG